AUGACUUUAUUCAGGAAGCUUUUUUCAUUUCUUGGUUGCAAUGACACUCAAUCUCAACUUCGUCAAAUUCAAGAAAAGCCAACAAUCAAGUUAUUGAGCAAUUCGAGUCAAGACCGCCUUGAAAUAAUUCGUGAUCAAGUUGAAUAUUAUCUUUCAGCGUCCAGUUUAAGAGAUAACAAGAAUUUACGAACUUUUAUCAAAAAAUCAAUCGAUAGAUUUGUUCCACUUGAUACUUUUCUCGAAUAUAAUAAAAUGAAAAAUUUAUGUGUUACAUUUAAUGAAAUUCAUGAUGCUUGCGUUAUAUCAAAUGAUUUAGAACUUAAUACAGAAGGAAAUGCUGUUAGAACAAAAUUGCCUGUAAAUAUUAAUGAACAAGAGCAAAUAGCAAAGAUGGUUAGACUAACAGAUGUACCAUUAGAUACCGAUUUAGAGAGGUUACGUCAAUAUAUAGUUAAUUAUUUUGGAAAUAUUGAAAAAUUCUCUGCAAAUCAUACUAUUCAAGAUUCUCAGAGAAUGUUCAGCGGCAUAGUAACUAUAUCUUUUACUUACGAGAACAACGCACGAGUAUUUCCAAAUAAAUUUCUUUACGAAGAUCAUGUGAUCCAAUCAGAGCCAUUUGAAGAAUACCAAUUGCGAAUGAAGAGAAAUAGAGCCCAAAAGCGCCAACCAAAGUAA